AUGCAUAUUGGCGGUGAAACUAUGAAUGUAGAGUAUCAAGAUGCUUUACUUGACAAGAUUACUAAAAUUCGAGCUGAUCCAAAUAUUUGUACUGUUAUGCAAUCAACUGAACCAGAACCAUCUAAUUCAACAGCAAAUUAUAAUCAAUUUGAUUAUGAUGAUAUUGCUGAUGAUCAAGAACAAAACGAACAAUUUUCCACGUACAUAUCUCAAACUACUCCAUCAAGAAAGAAAAACGACAGAGUAAAUAUUGGAAUUUCUAUCGAUGAAGCACGAAAACCUGCUCGCCACGGUAUUUUAAGAUGGUUUAAAUACCUUACAACAUCACUUCUACCAACCAUACCAACUUGGUCUAAACUUCGUAUUUGUGAUCUUAGUCGCCAUCGACAACGACUUGUUAGAUCAUUUGAAUGUUUAAUGAUUCAAGAACCAGAGCAACGAACCACUGCAAACAGCGAACGUCGUAUGGGAAUUUUAAAAAGAGCACAACUCGAAACACAAUUAAAACCAAUAGAAGAACAUUGGAGAAAAUCCAGCAAUAAAAGAAAUUCUGGACGUUAUACCAAGCCUCCAGAUGAUUUUAUUAUUACAGAAUUGAUGUCAUCACUUAUUGCACAAACAAACAAUGUAAAUGCCAAUCUUAUAUUGCCGAUAGUUACUCCAAACUGGUUAAAUAUUGCUAUAGGUAUUUUAAUAUUAGAACGCAUUUUUCACCGAACAAAAUUUAACAUGGUGUAUGCUAUUGCUCGAUGUUCAUCUGAUUCUUCGUCAUUAGAACUUCCUGAUGUAUCAAUAUCUAUUACACUGCAAGAAGCAUGUGAAAUCAUCGAAACUAAUCCUGAUCUUAAUAAACUAAAAGAAACUCUCAUCUCUGAAAUUGCUACUUAUUUUUAUUGUCCUUCAUGCCGUCAAACACCAAAUUCAAUUAUAUCAUCAAGUACUCAAAUUUUUAUUUUUAAACUUACCGUGAACAAUCAAAUUGUGGCUCAUCCAGUGAUUUCGAAAGACAAUGAUGAUUUAACAAAUGAUCAACGAUCUUGUACAUAUUGUAAAUAUUCCACCAAAAAUAUCGAUUUGCCUACAGCAGUCACGAUUUCGAAUUUACCGAAGUCUAUUACAGGCAGACAACUAAAAGAGUCUUUGAACAGUAUAUUUAAUAAUACUGUCAAAAAAGUUGAUAUCAAAAUUGAUAUUGCCGAUUAUUCUACAGGUAUUGCUUAUGUUGAUUUUUACGAUCAACAUGCAAAAAAUGCAUGUCUAGAGUUUCAGGCAAACAAUCGAUUUAUUUAUUUGUCUAAUAAUUUGUGGAAAGGUCCAAUUAAUAUUAAAGAAUAUACUGGUACUGAAGAUGAACAAAGUAUUUUCAAAAUUACAAUGACUGAACCAAAUCAAGUUGAUUCAUUAGCAUUACCCAGGUCAAACAAGCACGGUCGUAAACGACCGUAUACGGAGACAUACGACGAUUUACAUGGUCACGUAUUACGAUCGUAUAUCUCCGUGUCGUAUACGGAGAAAUACGGUGGUAUACGGAGAAAAAUACGAUCGUAAACUGAGAUCGUAUACGGAGUUCGUAUACAAUCUCCGUUUUGCCCCGUAUUUCUACGUAUAUCGUCGUAUUGCUCCGUAUACGGUG